AUGAUGGAAGCAAACGCUGAGGAUGACGGAUACAGCCACCAGCAACAGCAACAAAGAACGCUGGUGAGGCAUGAAGGGAUGCUUCAUCCUGCAUUUCAAAUCUCAGGACUUGAUUCUAGCUACCGCCCAAGAAGCGCCACAAUGCCAAGUGUGCUGGAAUCUGAAGAUCUAACUGUUGCCAGCUACUAUAGUGAUACAGCAGCUGUGACAACAGAGAAACUGGCAAGGAGAAAGAAGAAGUAUAUAGCAUCAGUUCGAGCACGGGGAUUUGUACAGUCUGAACAUUUAGAGAAUGAUGAGGUAGAUUUGGAAGGGAGCAAUGUGCUCCUGGCAGAGAAUUACAUCGAGGCAAAUAGAAUCUCGAAUAACUACAAGUUCGGUCUGAAGAAAUGGAAGAGUCAUGUGACUGCUCGACCCCUAGAAUCACGUUCAGAAAUUGUCCAGGAUCUGUAUUCUGAUAUCAACACAAUGAAAGAGGCCAAAGGUGGUCAAGACAUUGUUGAAAUAUCCACGUGGCACCCUUGCAACAUCCUGUACACGCUGCUGAUUGGCUGGUGGCUAUCUUUGGUCUACGUCAUCGUGGCAGCUUUCAUGGCUCUGACUGUUGUUGGACUUCCCUAUG